ACAGAUGAAUGGAGGAGAGAGAUCUUCUCACUCCAUAUUAUAUACAAGUAGAUACCUGCAUUGUGAUGCACCAGCAACCAUAACCCCAUUCCAUGGCUACAGACAAUGUCUACGUUCUCUUCUACUUAUUGGCCUUCCUAUGCAUUCAACCCAACGUCUGCGACGGAGCUCUAACCUCAGGCUGCAUCCCUGCCGAAAGAAGUGCUCUACUUGAGUUCAAACGAGGCCUGAAAGAUCCUACCAACAGGCUGUCCUCUUGGGUGGGUGAAGACUGCUGCAAAUGGGAGGGUGUGACGUGCAGCAAUCAUACUGGGCAUGUCGUCAAGCUGGACCUCCACAAUCCGCAUCCUUUCUCUGAUUUUGGUGACGAGCCAUACAACAACUGGACCUUAGGAGGUGAGUUGCGGCCUUCUUUACUUGGUCUGAAGCACCUAAAGUACCUGGACCUAAGCAUGAACGAUUUUGGAGGCAUUAAUAUUCCAGAAUUCAUGGGGUCAUUCCAUCGACUCCAAUAUCUUAACCUCUCCCGUGCUGGAUUGGGUGGACUCCUGCCGCACCAGCUGGGAAAUCUCUCCAAUCUGCAGUAUCUAGACUUAUCCAAUGACAGUUUUGUGGCUCCGAUCCAUCAAUUUAGCAUUGGUGAUGCACUCUGGAUUUCUCACCUUUCUUCUCUAAAGCAUCUCAACCUGAAUAACGUUAAGUUUCAAAAUGGUACUCACUGGCUGGAAGCUCUGAACAUGCUUCCUUCUAUCGUGGAGAUAUACUUAUCUGACUGUGAAAUUCCAAGUGUUCCCCUCUCUCUUCCACUUGUGAACUUUAUCUGUUCUUGAUUUAUCUGAGAAUUUCAUUGACUCUACAUUACCCCUUUGGUUAUCCAACAUAAGUGGCCUUGAGCACCUUGAUCUCAGUGAGAACAACCUUCAGGGUAAUAUUCCACCGACCUUUGGUAACUUGGCUUCCCUCGAGGAACUUAAUUUAGCUAACAAUCCUCUUCAAGGAGGAAUACCCACUUCGUUCAAAAAUCUGUGCAAGCUGCAGAAAUUAAUAUUGUCAGGCAUCAAUAUCAGCAAAGAUUUGUUAGAACUCGAUGAAAUUUUCUCUGGUUGCAUCAAGAUGAAAUUAGAGAUUCUGGACUUAUCCAGAACGAAUAUUAGUGGACAGCUGCCUGAAUGGUUAUUCCAACUCAGGAAGCUUAAAGUACUCAAUUUGGGGUGGAAUCUGAUUUCUGGUCCUAUUCCUUUGUCACUUGGACAACUAGCAUCACUCCAAGAGCUCUAUCUUGGGGUAAAUCAGUUGAAUGAAACUAUACCAGAAAGUGUGGGGCGGCUGUCUCAGCUAGUUGCUUUGGUCCUUUGGUACAACCAUUUGGAGGGUGUAAUGUCUGAGGUGCAUUUUGGAAACCUCACAGAAUUGAAAUACUUAUGUUUGUCGUCCAACUCCUUGGCUCUGAAGGUCGAGAGCAAUUGGCUUCCUCCCUUCCGGCUAGAAUCCCUUCAGAUGGACUCCUGCAAACUGGGUCCUGAGUUCCCUUCAUGGCUCCGGUCUCAAAUAAAUAUUUCACACAUUGUUAUGUCUAAUGCAAGUAUUAUUGAUGCUAUGCCAAACUGGUUUUGGAGCUUAAUUUCCACAGCAGAGUACGUGAGUAUCUCCGGCAAUCAGAUCAGUGGCCACGUACCCAAUUUAUUGCAUUUAAAUAAUCUCGACUGGUUGGAUUUAAGCUCAAACUACUUCGAGGGUCCUCUUCCAUAUUUUCCUCCGGGAAUGUAUUUUUUAGAUUUGUCAAAUAAUUUAUUCUCGGGAACAAUUUCACUUGACAUCAUGAAUAUGCCUUACCUCAUAUAUUUAUCGCUUUCAAAAAAUAAUUUAAGUGGCCAAAUUCUCUUCUCUGUAUGCCAACUGCAGGCUUUACAGGUUCUUGAUCUUUCAAAAAAUACGUUAUCAGGAGUGCUCCCCAAUUGUUGGAAUAAUUCUUCACGUACUGUAAUUAUGGAUUUUUCAAGCAACAACAUAUCUAGAGUUAUUCCUAAGUCAAUAUGUUCCAUAGCAUCACUUCAGCCGUUGCACUUGAACAAUAAUAGUCUAUAUGAAGAGUUGUCCCUGUCCUUGAAAGAUUGUACGAAAUUAGUCAUUCUUGAUGCUGGACAUAAUGAUUUGAAAGGUGAAAUUCCAACUUGGAUUGGCGAAAGUUUAACUAGUCUGAGGUUCCUCAAUCUACGAUCAAAUAUGUUGGUCGGAGAUAUUCCUCCAAAUCUUUCAAGAUUGAGUUCUCUCCAAUUUCUCAACCUUGCAGAUAAUGAGCUAUCGGGAACUAUUCCAAGGAGCUUUGGAAAUUUUACUGCCAUGAAAGUAAUUGAAAAUUUUUCAAGUUCGACGACAGAUCAAAUUAGAUAUAAGGAGCAUAUGUUUAUUACAACUAAAGGAAACACUCUUUCCUAUGAUGAGUCACUUUUGCUCAUGAAUAUCUUGAACCUCUCAGACAAUAACUUAUUUGGAGGAGUACCCGAAGAAGUCACAGGUCUUUUUGGCUUAUUCAGCUUAAAUUUAUCUGGAAACCAUUUCACAGGAGAAAUCAUUGAAAAUAUCAGUAAAUUACAACAGUUGGAGUCCCUUGACUUGUUAAGGAACAACUUUUCUGGCACAAUUCCUUCUGGCCUCGCUGCCCUGACUUAUUUGGCUCACUUGAACCUGUCAUACAACAACUUGUCAGGGGAAAUUCCUCUUGGUAAUCAACUUCUGACCUUCACUGAUCCAUCUAUCUAUAUUGGCAAUCCUGGUCUUUGUGGGUUUCCUCUGAAUCAAAGUUGCAAAGAUAGUGAGACAACACAAGGUCAAAGUAAUCCAGAUGAUGGAGAUGAGAAUGAGAUGAUAUGGUUCUACACGAGCAUGGCACUAGGAUUUGUUGUUGGUUUCUGGGUAGUCUGGGGUACCUUGAUACUUAACAAGAAUUGGAACCUUUAUUACUUUCGAUUUAUAGACAACAUGUUUGACAAAUUAUAUGUGUUUACCAUACUGAAAGUUUCUAUGAUCAGAAAACGUUGUUGUUCCCAACAAGAAUAAUAAAUUUGAACAUCAAUAUCUGCUAUAUGAGAGUUCAUCUCAUUAAUAUCAUAUCAUCAGCUUGAAUAAAUUUUCUACUUUUGAAUACUUCUGGACUUGAUCAUUUUUUAUCAUUUCUGUCAAGAUCGUAAUACCAUAUGAAGUGUUCUAAUUUUGGGGAUUGCUAGAAAGUUUGCACAUUUUAAUUAGUUUUUCCAAAAUAGACACCCCUUUUUAAUUAUCAUAUGAAAUGAAAGGAGGUUAAAACUUUUAUGAAGAUAUAGAUAGAAUUUAUGGUAUUAUUUUCUUUCUUUUUCUUUUGAUGUCCAAAUCAGAAGUUUAAAAGAUCCCUUUUUUUUUUCUCAGUUUAUAGUAUCUGCUUUCAUCCUCUAUUUUCCCAAGUUUAUGAUAUCUACUUUCAUCAAAUAUGCAUUUGCAUGUCUUGUUCUUCCCAACCAUUACGCGGCAAGACUGACACAAUUGCAAUCACAAGCUCUGCUGUAAAAGAUUUGGCCAUCUUAUUCGAUUAAUUUGACUCUCAAUGAACUUAUGCAUAGGUGUUUUAUAUCAUACAUUACUCUUGUUUAUGAUCUACUCAUGUAAUGAUCCUCUUGUUUGAGAUUCUUGUCUUCCUCAAUCAAAUACAAAUUGGAUGCAUCAUAAGCUCAAGUCCACCAAAUGUGCAGCUGCAUGAUCUUCUUGGAUCUCAUGCUCAGAUCUUUUCAGUUGAUGAGUCUCCCAUUAAUGGGGGACAUGCUGCUGCAGCUGAUGGAAUUGGGCCGAAGAGGCUCUCACAUGCAUGUCAAUGUGACAAGGAUGAUAUGUGCACGCAAGAAUGAUCCAUUUAUGGCCACCUUCAAAAUUCAUGUGAGAUGUCAUAUGCUUUGUUGUUGUUGUUGCUAUUGUUGAAAAGCGCCAAUCAAAGGCCAAGUUCAAAUGGGGCCCCUCUUUUUGCUGUUUGCAUUACCCAAUAAAUAAAAA